UCUCGACCGACUGCCACUUCCACACGUCAAGCCGGACAUCGGAUUCCAUCUUUUCGCUUCGGAUCCUGCGUCUCGGAACCACAGCCCCGCGCGUCUGAGGGCACAGCGCACGUGGCCAUCGACCCCCGUGUUGCUCAACAACCUUGACCCAGCUUGCCUGGGCUCGCUCUUGAAGCCCGAGGCGCGCAUUCCAACCAUCACUUCAUGCCAUGCCGAGCAAGGACGCCAACCAGCUUCGGGCGACAGUGCCUCCGUGGGUCGAGGUCUAUGACCCUCGCGCGCAUGGGGAGGACGACGCGUUACUCUCGACCAAGCCGCCCAAGCCCAAUGCGCCGCCACCCGCGGCUCGCACAGAUUCUGGGAAGCGCACCCAUCACUUGAGGCGUAGGGUAUCCAAAGACGGCUACGUGGACUGGGUUGACGAGAAGUACGAUCAUGUGUCAAAGCUGCCUGUCUUCUUGAGGAAAAGGGCAGACAAGCCUGGGCGGCGAUGGGACCACCUCCGGACGGCUGAUCCGGUCAUUAUGGGCUUGGGCUACCGAGAUCCCCAUGAGGAUCCAUAUGCUCGGUGGCGCGACUUUGUUCAGUCGUCGGCAUAUGGCCGCAGUCAGGGUGAAGAGUCGCAAAUAGUUCCGUACGAAGAACUUCAGGCGCAGAUGCCCGGGCUUGACCAGCCAGUCAAGUCGCCAUAUCAUCAUCUCGAUCCAAAGGCCGCGAAAAAGUCCCGGAAGAAAACCAUCAUCGCCAAGCUUCGUGACUUCGCCCUGCGCCACCCCAUGGCACCCCUCACCUUCCGCCUCGUCGUUCUCGUCACCACCAUAUCGGCACUUGUCGUUGCGACCCAGAUCUUCAGAAGAUGGCAUGACCCGAGUAUCCCCACCAGAAACACUGCCGAGACCUCACAGGCUGUAGUAGCCAUCAUCAUUGACGCCAUUGCAAUUCCUUACAUUCUGUACAUGGUGUACGACGAGUAUACAGGGAAGCCUCUUGGCCUGCGCCGCGCCGCUCAGAAAGUCGGCCUCUCGCUACUGGACGUGCUCUUCAUUGCCUUCAAAGCCGCAAGUACUGCACUGGCUUUCGAGGCCUUAAUAUAUCAUUCUGGUGAUGCCAACGGUGCCACUCAGGCGGCGAUGGAUGCGGAGGAGACUAACGUUCGUCUGGCGCGAAGUUUAGCCGCUCUGGUCACUGUUGGUCUUAUCUCAUGGAUCCUCAACUUCACUAUCAGCGUGUUCCGGAUUGCUGAACAGCUCGGCGGUAUAAAGGAACUGCAGGUGCAAUGAGGACGUAUCGUACUUGGCUGUGGCAUGGACAGCAGGGGAGGAUGAAUAUCAGAAAAUGAGACGAAUUUCAGACUAUCGGUCUACGCUAUUUCGGUCACGUUGAAUCAU